AUGACAGACUCUGACAGAUUUUCGUCAGACUUUUCCAUCAGAGUUGACAGAAACAUCACAGGAGAGGCUGGUUUGUGCAUUACAGUAGGCUGUUUUUUUACUGUUCCUGAAAACAUUAAGUCUGAACACUUAAAAAGAACCUGGUUCAAAGGAGAUCCACAAAACCCAAAUGUUGAAGUUCCUUGUAUUGGCUUAAAUAUACAUGAUCAAAAUCUUUUUGGAUGCCACUUUCAGCUAAAAAACUUGGUUGAGGGGGAAUCUGACGGUGAAUACAGAUUUAAAGUGGAAUGGGGAAAAGGAAAUGUGCAUAUCUUUCCUGAGACAGUGAAAUUGACUGUAAAAGAACUCACCCAGAAGCCAAUAAUGGAUAUUCCAGUGCUCACAGUGGGACAAUGGGCAACGUUAUCCUGUACAAUUCCAGGGGGUUGUCUGAAUCCCAUUCAUCAGAUCGUGUGGACGGGAAUUGAUAAUGCUACAAUUACACAAACAAGAGCUACUAUUCUUUUUGGCAAAUUCUCUAGGUUACUGUCUUUUGAUCCUGAGCCUGAGCACCACAAAACGAAGCUCACAUGCACAGUGAUAAUUACUGGAAAUAUCCGGACAGAAACAAGUGUGAUCCUGAAAGUAAGAUUUGCUCCCAGAAUUCGGAACACCUCCAGUUGCUCUCUUUGGGGUGAUAAAUUGACCUGUAUGUGUGUCAGUGAUGGUAUUCCAUUGGCCAAAAUUUCCUGGCCACUUCUGGGUGUUGCCCCUGAUUUUUACAGUAUUGCUACAUCAAGAGAGGACUACAGUAUGAGUAACAUCUCCAUCUCUGGCUUCAGUCACCUCAACUCAACCGUCAAAUGUAUCAGUAAGAAUGAAUUGGGUGCGGCACAGAUGGAAAUCCCGGUGAACAGUUUCUCUGAAACUUACAAAGUAAGUGGGAGUUUGUCUAUGCCUUGGAUGUUCUGUAUUCUUUCAGUUGUUCUUAACGUCAUCUUCUCUGUGGCUAUGACGGUUCUUUACUUAUGGAGGAGACGAGGAAAUAAGACACCAAAAGAUGACAAACAUGUCUAUAUGACUACAAUGAGGAGAGAGGAAUCCCUGUAUGAGACUAUCAACACUUCAGAAAGAUCUUAG